AUGUUCACCGUCCCGGAUCUCCGCCCCGGCACGCUCGACUCCCUGCUCGCCCUCAGCGACGACCUCGUCAAGUCCAACAUCUUCAUCGAGGGCGUCUCCCACAAGAUCCGCCGGCAGAUCGAGGACCUGGAGCGCGCCGGAGGGGUCGAGCCCGGCACCCUCACCGUCGACGGCGUCCCCGUCGACAGCUACCUCACCAGGUUCGUGUGGGACGAGGGCAAGUACCCCGUCAAUGCCCCGCUCAAGGAGACCGUCGCCAGCAUCCAGUCCCAGGUCGCCAAGAUCGAGGACGACAUGAAGGUUAGAGUUGCUGAAUACGGUAAUGUUAAGAGCCAGCUUGGCGCAAUCAACAGGAAGCAAACUGGGAGUUUAGCAGUUCGUGACCUUUCCAACCUCAUAAAGCCAGAGGAUAUGGUCACUUCGGAACAUCUAGUGACACUCCUUUCUAUUGUGCCAAAGUAUUCCCAAAAAGAUUGGUUAUCAAGCUACGAGUCACUUGAUACGUUUGUGGUUCCGAGAUCAUCAAAAAAGCUUUACGAGGACAAUGAGUAUGCUCUCUACACUGUAACAUUAUUUGCCAAGGUUGUUGACAACUUUAAGGUCCAUGCUCGUGAGAAAGGUUUCCAGAUCCAUGACUUUGAGUAUAGUCCUGAAGCAUAG